UUAUUUCAUUAUCAGCAUGCAGCUUCAAGGGGAAAAUACCAAAUGCCCUCUCACACCACUGAUUCAACAUGUGAGCAGGGAUGAAGCUGUGAAGAUUAGAGACUAUCCUUAACCGCACUGACUGGUUUUAUUUUUAUUUUAUUUGUGUUUUCCAAUUCCCAAACACAUUGUUGAUAUGUAGCCUGAAGCACAGGUUAUGGAUCGCAUGUGGAUAUGCUGCAAAAUCCUACUCCUUGCAAUUGUUUGUGUGAGUUCGUCGUCUCUGGAAGAAGAGGGCGCUUCUUGCGAUGGGGCGUUUGAUAUUUAUUUUGUUUUAGACCGGUCAGGCAGUGUGUGGGGACACUGGGAUGAGAUCUAUGGAUUUGUGGAGCAGCUCACCAGGAAGUUUGUUAGCCCCAGGAUGAGGGUUUCUUAUAUCGUCUUUUCAGCUAGAGCUGUUGUAAUUCUUCCUCUAACUGGAGACAGAUCUAAGAUAGAUGAAGGCCUGGAGAAGCUGAGCCAAAUCCAACCUGCGGGUGAAACGUUCAUGCACGAAGGUUUGAAAGCGGUAUCACAGCAAAUGAAGUCACAAACUUCACCAUCAUCCAGUAUUAUCAUAGUUCUUACUGAUGGCAAGCUGGACAUCUACCCGUAUGAACUGAGUGUACAAGAGGCUAUGAAAGCCAGAGAGUUUGGAGCCAGGGUGUACUGUAUCGGGGUCAUGGACUUUGACCAUAGCCAGCUUGCUGAAAUAGCGGACGGCAGAGAGCAAGUCUUUCCAGUUGUGUCUGGCUUUCAUGCUCUCAAAGACAUGGUGAACUCGGUCCUGAAGAAAACCUGCUCUGAGGUUUUCACAAUUGAGCCGCGGAGUGUUUGUGUGAAUGAGUCUUUCAACGUGGUCCUGAGGGGAAGCGGCUUCAGCGGAUCCAAAAGGAUGGACAAUGUACUCUGUUCCCUCACCAUCAAUCAAGUGACCCACACUGAAAAGCCAACAGUAGUGAAAGAUGGGUAUCUGCUCUGUCCAGCCGUUCGUCUACAAGAGGUCGGACAAUCAGUUGAAGUGCUGGUCAGCUUAAACCAAGGAAAGUCCUACAUCUACAGUCCCAUGAGCAUCUAUGCCACAACAUGUUCAGAUGGGACCUGGGUGCUCUGGUUCCUGUUGGCUUUGUUGCUUUUGCUGGGCCUGGGUUUGCUCUGGUGGUUCUGGCCUCUCUGCUGCACCGUGGUCAUCAGAGACCCCCCUCCUCGCCCCCCUCCUCCACCCCCUGAGCCAGAAGAAGACCCUUUGCCCAAACACAGGUGGCCUACAGUGGAUGCUUCAUACUACGGCGGCAGGGGUGCUGGAGGAAUCAAACGCAUGGAGGUGCGCUGGGGCCAGAAGGGGUCCACAGAGGAGGGAUCGCGGCUAGAGAAGGCCAGAAAUGCUGUGGUCACUAUGCCAGAGGAAGUGGAGGAGCCCAUCAUUCCUCGACCCCCACCAAGGCCUCCUCCGGUCUACAACCCCUCAUCGCACUCCAAAUGGUACACCCCCAUCAAGGGACGUAUAGAUGCGCUGCUGGCGUUACUGAGAAGACAAUAUGACAGAGUGGCAAUCAUGAGGCCGACACCUCAGGACAAGGGCCGCUGCAUCAACUUCACCAGAGUUCAGAGUCACUGAUGUUCAAACACGAGGCUCAGUUUUCCCCUUUUCAUGCCAGUUUUGCCAAAGAUGACGAACAUGUGCGAUCCAACAUGAAGAAUUACUGUGUAUUGUAAAUAAACCUCUUUAUUCAUAA